GAUAUAUUGAUGAAAAUGUUUCAACGCGCUCUUCUUUUCUCUACCUCCCUUUACUUCGCUGCUCAGGCGCAGCAGGUUGGUAACAACACCGCCGAGAGUCACCCUGCCUUGACCUGGGAGAAAUGUACGGCUGCCGGAAGCUGCACCAGUGUUAGUGGAUCGGUCGUCGUCGACGCAAACUGGCGCUGGUUACACUCGGUUGAGGGUACUACCAAUUGCUACACCGGCAACACGUGGGAUGCCACUCUCUGCCCAGACGACGAGACCUGCGCAUCCAACUGUGCUCUUGAGGGCGCAGACUACAAGGGAACCUACGGAGUGACUGCUUCCGACAGCUCUUUGACGCUCAACUUUGUUACUCAAGCUUCCCAGAAGAACAUUGGCUCGCGGUUGUAUCUCCUAGAGGAUGACGAGACUUACCAGUCCUUCAAGCUCCUUGGCCAGGAGUUCACCUUUGAUGUCGAUGUGUCCAACCUUCCCUGUGGCUUGAAUGGUGCGCUUUACUUUGUUUCCAUGGAUCUUGACGGUGGAAUUGCCAAGUACCCGACCAACAAGGCUGGUGCCAAGUAUGGUACUGGCUACUGCGACUCGCAAUGCCCUCGUGACUUGAAGUUUAUUAAUGGCGAGGCCAAUGUCGAUGGUUGGGUUCCUUCGACCAACGAUGACAACGCCGGUGUCGGUGGCCACGGAUCCUGCUGCUCGGAAAUGGACAUCUGGGAAGCCAACAGCAUUUCCAAUGCAGUGACUCCCCACCCCUGCGAAACCAUCGGUCAGACCUUGUGUGAAGGUGACGAAUGCGGUGGCACUUACUCUGCCGAACGCUACGCUGGCGAGUGUGACCCCGAUGGCUGCGACUUCAACCCUUACCGUAUGGGCAACACCACAUUCUACGGCUCUGGUUCCGAUUUCGUUGUCGAUACCUCACGUGUCUUCACAGUUGUCACCCAGUUCAUCGAAACCGACGGCGCUCUUAGCUCGAUCAAACGCUUCUUCGUACAGGACGGCAAAGUCAUUCCACAAUCUGACUCUGACAUCGACGGAGUCACUGGCAACGAAAUUACUCAGGACUUCUGCGAUGCCCAAAAGAAGACCUUUGGUGACCAAAAUGUGUUUGACGACAAAGGCGGUUUGAGCCAGAUGGGCGAGGCGCUUGCCGGCGAUAUGGUUCUUGUCAUGUCUCUCUGGGACGACCACUACGCCGACAUGCUCUGGUUGGACAGUACCUACCCUACAAACGCUACUUCUAGCACCCUUGGCGCGGCUCGUGGAAGCUGUGCCACCGACUCUGGAGCUCCUAGCGAUGUUGAAAGUACCAACGCGGACGCUUCGGUGGUCUACUCCAACAUCAAGCUCGGUCCGAUCAACUCGACUUUCACUUCUUCUUGA